AUGGCACACUACCAAUUACGGCGGCCAUCACCCGUCACAAUCUUCCCAAGGCGCGUCCGUCGACAAGCCGCCGCUACGUCGUCAUCGGCUGCAAUGGAAGAGGAGGAACCAGAAAGUCCAGGCUCUCCGCUAAGCAGCCCAUCAUCCGCCGGCUCUCAAUCAUCUGACAGCGAAUCGGAUUCUGAUGACGAAGAAAGUGCGAAGAAAAAGGACGAGAAGAAGCAACAAGAAUUAAAGUCGGCAUCAAGUUCCCCUGCAGCGUCAACUGCAGCAUCAUCAAGGCCCGUACAAACACUCGGUCCCGACCCCACUACAGCUUCAUCACAAAUGCCACUCGCAUCCUUGAUCAGCUUGAUGAAUACGUCAAACGCUUCAUCAAUACCCCAAAUUACAGGUACGACUCUGUCGACAGUGCCACGUCCGACCAUUACGUCGACCAUCACAGAGAUUAAGAGCCAGACUGAAAGAAAAGAACAAUCAGCGCCAACAGCCACGGCACCUCCGCCACCAUCACCAUUUUUACCCACCACUGCAAGAGCGGGGCAGAAUGCGCCGAGCAGUAUGCCACAGGAGACGUUGCCGCAAGAUGCAGAACAGCGGCCGAUAAUGACAAGUGAGGCCAGGAUAGCGGCAAUUGUCUUGGGUGUACUAGGUGCUGUAGCCCUCCUAGUCUGCGCAAUGAUCCUAUUGAGGCGUCGCAAGCGCAAGGACCGAGAAAACCACGUACCUCGUGGUCCCGACGCCUUUAACCCGUCCAACACCAACUCAGCCAUUGCACCCGAAAUUGUUAAUGUACCCGACACCGCACAUACAGGUGCCGCAUCUUCUGUCUUCACACGUCUCAAUGGCGGCGCCAGCGGCGGUGGCGAUGGCCAUAUAACACGCAGCACGGACCGUAGCAACACGCUCUUCGGCGGAGGAUCAUAUUAUCGGCCAGAAACUGUUUCCACAAACCGCAGCAUGUCGCGCAUACCACCACAAACACCAAACCCCUUUGCCGAUCCACCGCUCAACAAGGCAUAUGAUGUGCUCAACAACCGGCCACGAAGUACAACGCUAACGGAUCGAGGGAGCUGGAUGAACAACCCGUUUAAGAAUCCGGAGAGCGAAAGAUUUGAUCCUUUUGGCGAGUUGAAAGACAAGGCGAGGAGAGAAAGAUUGAGGUAUCUUCAGGAGGCGAAGAGGGAGGCUGAGCUGCAGAGGCAGAUGGAGCAGAAGGAGGCAAUGGGUUUGAGACCGGAUGGGAUGCCUUUGGAUCAGAGCGGGUAUAGGUGA